AUGGAGAGUAGAACAGGUAUGUCCCAAUAUUUGGACGCGUUCGAAGAGUUGGUCGUCGGGUUGCAGACGCUGGGAGAAGUCGUCGAUGAAGCGAUACAGCUAAAGAAGAACACUACGAUGGAGAAGACGUUCCAAGCCAAUGGAAAUGCUGGUAAGUGUAUAGGCGGUCGAGCAAAUGAUCGUAAGAGGAACGCUCCACGUAAAAACCGUGGUGCUUUUAAGGGUAAGUGCUUCGGGUGUAACCAAGUUGGCCAUAUGAAGCGGGACUUCCCGAGCCAGAGAGGCGAUAACGGUAAUUAA